AUGACUACUUCCGAGGUAAACACCUGGGCACCAACUGGUGGAACUGGUAGCAGCGCAGGACGUCCUUCGUCUGGACCGAGCAGUACUCCGUCGAGAAAUAAAACCGGCUCGCCGGCACCACUACUGCCACCACCGGAGCCACCAGCUGAUGUGUAUGAAUUGCGACGACGUCAAGAGAGAGCAAGGGAAAUGGCAAGAGCUAUGACGGAAACGACUGAUCGUACUCAAGCCCAGUAUUCACCAAUUGUUAUCACGAGUGCACCCGGUGAGACCAGAACUUCAGCAGCCUAUCCCUAUUUACAAGGUAAUAUUUUAUUUCAAUCUUUGGUAGAAGCCGUGAUGGUGCUGGAAGCCAUAUCAGCCACCUGUAGUCCCCCUAUUUUCCACCUUUCGAAAUGCAUAACUAACUAA